CGGUGUGUCAUUACGCGAGCAUUUUGUAUAGAAAAUGGAUGGAACUUGCUAGGCGUGAUCAAAGUAACGUCAUUGGAAAGUUAUAUUCUCCCGCUUUGGAAACGAGUUAAUUUUGAAAAUCUGGACUGAGAAGUAGUAGUUUGUAUUCUAUAGGACUUCAUAGAAUAUUUAGGGAUAUCAUGGAAGACAUCGAUCAAAAUUUCGAGCCUCAACCUCGUCCACGUUCCAGCACUUGGCCUCUGCGAAGGCCUGACUUUCUUGACAACAAGCCCGAAGCCUCCCCUGCUAUUGCUGAAGAAGAACCACCUCAGACCAGUGUCGAACAAUCGCAACAUUGUCAUGCACCAACUGAGCUAACUGCUCUCACACCAGAACCUGUAGUACCUGAUGUACUGGAACCACUUGCAGUAGGAGAAAACAAACCAGAUUCCUCCACUCCAAAUAAGAAAAAUACUUCACGAAGAAAUGCUUGGGGAAAUUUAUCGUACGCAGACCUGAUCACGAAAGCGAUUCAAAGUUCCCUCGAACACAGGCUAACAUUGUCUCAAAUUUACGAAUGGAUGGUUAAAAAUGUACCGUAUUUUAAAGAUAAAGGGGACAGUAACAGCUCUGCUGGAUGGAAGAACUCCAUCCGGCAUAACCUGUCUCUGCACAGCAGGUUUGUCAGAGUACAGAAUGAGGGCACAGGCAAGUCUUCAUGGUGGAUGAUAAACCCAGAUGCUAAGCCUGGAAAGUCAUCUCGACGCAGGGCGUCAAGUAUGGAUACUAAAAACUCAAAUUGGGAGAAGAAACGUGGACGUGCCAAGAAAAAGGUUUUGGAAGAGCGCACAAAGUGGGCUAAUAGCCCAAGUUCUACUACAGAUGUAGAUUUUCAGUUGGAUUCUUCUUUUGCGGAUUUCCGAUCAAGGGCAAGUUCAAAUGCGAGCAGCUGCGGUCGUUUAUCACCGAUAUUGGCAAAUUCAGAAUUAGAUUUACACGAUCAUGAUGGACCACCAGUUUCUCCAGCAACUUCUCUUGGGCCUCCUCCUCCUCCAUAUGAAUCCGCCAUUGGCACCGAACUUCCCCAAGUAACUGAACUAACAGAAACUAUGGCAGAACGUAUGAAUCUUAGUACCUCGAUUAAUAGUUCUCUAAGCUCAGACCAAAUGAAUAGCCCUGUGGAACAGAUGCAUUUGCAAAGACAGGAUAGUAGACUUUAUCAUCAGAAUGGGGGUAACAACUAUAUAUUCUCUCCUCCAGGCUCGGGCUUUAACAGUAGCCAGCCAUCACCCGCUCAUAGUGGUACAGGCCAGAGCCCAUUCAACCACUACUCAUCAUGUACCUCACAAACGUCUGCCCUGAGUCCCCAGCAAACACCUCAAAGAACACCGUCCAUGAACAGUAUCUCAGAUCAGUUUCCCAUGAUGCAUCAACCAAGGCUUAACUUUUCAAAUGUAGCUCUCACUCAGUCUGAAGCGAUGUUAACUCAAACAAAUUCAAUCAUGUCGUCAGACGAUGGUCUUAUCUCGUCAAACAUGCUGCAAGAACAACUCCCUCCGUCAGUUGUCAUGAACCACAGAAACCAACUGAUGGCGGCAGCUUCAUGCCGAAACCAGAGCAUAAUAUCAAGAAACAUAAACAUGUCUCAAUGUCCAAGCCAGUUGUCGGCUUUACUUACAAUGCCCAGUCAGUACAACAGCAGAUACCAAUUAUCUGUCGCACAACAACCAGUCCAUCCGCCAAAUGGUAUGCCGCAGCUGACGCCGCAGCAAUACGCCAAUCAUAACAGCGAAGCCAUGCCUCAGGAUCUCGAUCUGGACAUGUUUAAAGAUGAGACGUUAGAAUGCGACAUGGAUAGCAUUAUACGCAGCGAACUGGAUAUGGGUGAUGGAUUUGACUUUAAUUUUGAUCAGACACCAACAAUGAACGCCCCUCAAAAUAUCCAGCAAACCAUGCCAAUGAUGCAAACCACUACAAAUGGAAAUGUUACUGGAAACUGGGUACAUUAAGGUCAAUAAAGUAUUAAUUCAUUUGCUAGUUAAUAUGAAGGAGUUCAAGAUGCAGAGUGUUGGUGUGUGAAAGACAUCUUAGGUCAGCACCAGUAUGGAGACGUGUUGAUGAAGACAGCCUGAGUUCACCAUGUGUUCUACACUAAAAAUACAAUUCGCUCGGCAUGCUCUCACACACUGAAAGAUGUCACUAAAUGCAUUUGGAUGGAUAUCGAGUCAAAGUACCGGCUCGUCAACGAACAGCGAUUCACUGAAAAAACUUCCUGGCUGCUGCUUCCAUGGAAAACAUAAAUUGUUUACUAACUUUUUGUACAGAGAAAUCAAAGCAACCAUCUCCAGUCUAUAGUGGCAGAGUACUGUACUGUGCCUCUGAGUGUCUUGUCUGUAAAAUACGUGCCAGUGAUCAUAAUGCUGUGGAUAUAAGGAAGCUGAAACAGUAAUUUCAGACAAUAUAAAAAAAAUAGAAAAAUUGUGACAUAUAUUUUCUUAAGACUAAAUCAAUAUGCGUGAAUUGAAAAUCUGAUUUUCAUAAGUAUUUUUUUAAACAUGCAUUAAUUGUUAAACAUGCAUUAAUUGAUUUUUUAAAACAUGCAUUAAUUGUUAAACAUGCAUUAAUAGUUAAUUUCUUCCUUUUAUCUGAGUACUUUGUACAUAAAAUUUAUUGUUUUUGUUCUGUAAUUAUUAUUAUUAUUUCUAUUUAGUUGAACAUUGAUUUGUAUACUAUUCCUUUGUGAUUGUAAAUAUAAUAUAUGAGUUAACAGAGAAGUUAAUGGGUAGAUAAAUAUUGUCUAAUUAUUCAGCAAAUAAUUACUAAUAAUUUCAAUAGGUAGCAUUUCAGUAGUCUUGAAUUAGAUCAAGGGUCGUGUUUACCCUAAAACUAUAGUACAAAUGGUCAAUGGUUCUAAAUCCAUAUUUGAGUUGUCGUACUAAACAUGUUAUAUCGUCAUUGCGGACUUAUAAAAUCCGCAUACGCCUUAAAACUAAAAGAAAAUGCAUACAUUUAGAGUCCGUACUGAGCCCAAAAAAUCCGCAAUGAAAAUAUAACGUGUUACUAGUCAAAUUUGACCAUCCACAACAAAAUGAGCCAUGUUGCACAGCAUGUUGAGUUCUUGGCUGGAGCCCUCAAGUGUCAUUUCUCUCCUCAAUAGGAUCCACUGGCUUGUAUUGAAGCUCAUUGGUCCUGAGCUGGGUUUCCAGUAGGCACAGUCAGCAACCAAGAACUAGUAGUGGUCAUGUGGUUUUAUAAGACGUAAACAAUGCACAUUGGUGUAAAGGAAUAAGAGAAAAAGAAUACACUUAAACUUGAUGUGACGUGAGCUAGCCUAGAAAUCGUAGUGUGUCCAACUUGCAUUUCGCAUUCGGAGGACUCUUGCGGUACCAGCGAUACACAUGCUCAACAAUGUUAUCAAUACCAAAUAAAUUUCAAAAUAAUGUUUUUCAAGUGAAUAUUAUGUAUAAAAUGAUUGUGGAAAAUUAUGGUUAGUUUCUGGAGCAACAAGGUUCAUUUUGGGGAAAGGGUCAUAUGUGUCUUAAAAUUUCUUGCUACAAUAGUUCAAGAAUUAUUAUUUCUGAAAAGCUUUAUAUGGAUACUCUGCUGUGUAUAAAAUAAAGACAUUAUAUUAAUGAUAGAUGAGAUUAUUGAUCAAUGUACUGUGUACUUGAGACAGCGCCCUCAUCAUAGGUCAUGGUGUAUGAUUAAACAAAUACUUUUAAUACAUGUAGAAAGCAUGUAGAUUGUUAAAUAUAUAUACUGUAAUUGAAUCGAAACGGACUGCUUGACGCCUUUAAAUUUUAUAAGAACAUUUGUAUCAAAAACAUGCAGUUUAUUUUGCCAGAGAAUAGUUUAUAAGAUUCUGAUUAGAAAUGGGAAAAAGUCAAGUCUGUAUUUUUUUAACUUGUAUCUAAGUGUAAAUCAAAUGGAAGAGAUGAUACUAUAGGCUGAGAUAUGACUUCUGGAACUAUUGCACACAUGUAGAAUGCAUGCAUGAAAAAUGCUCACAUGUAGAUUGCAUGCAUGAACAUUUCAAAUAUAGAAACCAGUGUUUGUGUUGAUGCAGAUCUACAUGAAUGCAAAAGAGCCGAUUGGCUCAUCAUUCCAGUUAUCUUACCCCUCUGUUAUAAAUUUUUGAGAAAAUGAUUGUAUUAUAGAAUAAAUGUAUUAUAUAGUAAAUAUAUUAUAUAAUAAAAUGUAUUAUAUAAUAAAUGUAUUAUAUAAUAGUAUUUUUCAUCAGAAUGAACAUUUAGCAAAGCAGUGGUUUGUACAAUAAUCUUUUGAUUUUGUGGUUUUUUUUAUUUCCUAUGAAAAAAAGAAUGCAAAUUUUUGUUUUUAAUGAAAUCGUUACGAAUUUUGAUGUAAAUUUUUGAAAUGUUUUUAGAUUAAAAUUAUUAGCUUGAUGAAAUGAUAUUAUAAGAAACAUUAUAUUCAUCUCUUCCACGAGUCUCAUUCUCAAAGAUGUGAUGCUGGAACAGACACACUGAGAAAUAAGAAAAUAUUCUUUUUCAUUGAAAAUCUUUUACACAGAUUUUCAAAAACACUGAAAUAAUAAUUAAAUAUUAGGUAGUAAUUGAUCAGUACAGGGCUGUUGAAUCAUGCAUGCAUGGAGGUAUAAAUACCUCCAUGGUGCAUGUGAGCUUAAAAAUCAGGUCAAUUAGUCAUAAAUACAGUGGUGAGAAUAAGAUAAAGUUGCUCUGUUUUAUUUUAUAUAAUUAUAUAUACAGUAUAUAUAUUCAGGUAUAUUAGUCUUUAGCAGUCUAUCUUUUAGAAGAUUUUUUAUCUUUUUUUAUUCAUUUAUUUUUUUUUUUGUGUUGACUAAAGAAGGGAGAAAUGUAUAUUUGUUUAUGCAUUGAAAACUAAAACACGGAAAGUUCGAGUGAAUCAUGCCGUUUGCUCCUACUUAUUAAACAUUGCAGCGUAUAUUCUCAUCAUAGAGUUAUUCACUGUUGAUGUGUGAUGUAUAAUUUAUUUUUAGUAUUUUAAUGACUAACAACUUCCUGGAGAAUUUUUUUUUUUUUUUAACUGUUUAAGUAUUCCUUUGUCCUACAUAAUUUUCUAGAUUUCUCUUUUAUUUCUACUUUUAAUAAUGUUAUUCCAUUCAUAAUACAUAAUUUUUUUUUGCUAAUUAAAUCACUGAAUAUAUUUAUGAUUAAGUAAUUCAUUUAAAGACUUCUUGUCAUAUUUUAGUUAAAACAAGGUUUAUUAGGAUGCGUGCGGAAAGAAUAUUGAUAUGCGGAAAAGUAAAAUUAACCCCCCCACCCCGUGUUUUUUUUUUUUUUUUUUUUU